CGCUGUCAGUCACCAGCUGAGGGGAGGAACUACAACAGGCUGGAAUGGACGCAGAGACACUCAGCAUCUGUACCAAACCAUGAAGGUUGAGUCAGAUUCAACGCAUUUCUCUUAAAAAACAAGGAAAAAGAAGAGCGACCUGCAUCAUGUAUGGUUUUGUGAAUCACGCCUUGGAGCUCCUCGUUUUAAGGAAUUACGGCCCGGAAGUGUGGGAAGACAUCAAGAGGGAGGCUCAGCUUGAUAUUGAGGGUCAGUUCCUUGUUAGGAUCAUAUAUGAAGACGGCAAAACAUACGAUCUUGUUUCUGCUGCAAGCAAAGUCCUCAAGAUCGAUGCAGGAGACAUCUUACAGAUGUUUGGGAAGAUGUUUUUUGAAUUUUGCCAAGAGUCGGGAUAUGACACCAUCUUGCGGGUGUUAGGAUCAAAUGUUCGUGAAUUCCUGCAGAAUUUGGAUGCUCUCCAUGACCACCUGGGUACCAUUUAUCCCGGGAUGAGGGCUCCAUCGUUCCGCUGCACCGAUGCAGAGAAGGGAAACAAUCUGAUUCUCCACUACUACUCAGAGAGAGAAGGCCUGCAAGACAUUGUGAUUGGCAUCAUUAAAACUGUCGCUCAACAAAUCCACGGGACAGAGAUAGAGAUGAAGAUGAUCCAACCGAAAAAUGAGGAUUGCGACCACAUCAAGUUUCUGAUUGAGGAGAAGGACUCGGAGGAAGAGGCGUUCUAUGAGGACCUGGACGGCUUCGAGGAGAACGGCACACAGGAGACUCGGAUCAGCCCGUACACGUUCUGCAAGUCCUUCCCGUUCCACCUCAUGUUUGACAAAGACCUGAUGCUCACACAGUGUGGGAACGCCAUUUAUCGAGUCCUGCCUCAGCUCCAGCCCGGUACCUGCAUCCUCCCUUCAGUGUUUUCUUUGGUCCGUCCUCACAUUGACUUCAGCUAUCAUGGCAUCCUCUCCCACAUCAACACCGUCUUCGUUCUGCGAAGCAAGGAGGGCCUGCUGAAUGUGGAGACUGUGGAGAACGAGGACGAGCUGACGGGGGUGGAGAUCAGCUGUCUGAGAUUGAAAGGACAGAUGAUUUACUUGCCAGAGGCGGAGAACAUCCUUUUUCUUUGCUCACCCAGUGUUAUGAACCUGGAUGAUCUCACACGAAGGGGGCUUUACCUGAGCGACAUCCCGCUGCAUGACGCCACGCGUGACCUGGUGCUGCUGGGCGAACAGUUUCGUGAGGAGUACAAACUGACCCAGGAGCUGGAAAUCUUGACAGAUCGUCUGCAGCACACACUCAGAGCCCUGGAGGACGAGAAGAAAAAGACAGACAGAUUGCUCUACUCCGUUCUGCCGCCGUCUGUUGCCAACGAGCUGCGACACAAACGGCCCGUCCCGGCCAAACGCUACGACAACUUGACCAUCCUCUUCAGUGGCAUCGUGGGAUUCAACGCCUUCUGCAGCAAGCACGCCUCGGCCGAGGGAGCCAUCAAGAUAGUCAACCUGCUCAAUGAUGUUUACACACGUUUUGACAUCUUGACAGAUUCUCGGAACAACCCUUACGUAUACAAGGUGGAAACGGUGGGCGAUAAGUACAUGACAGUGAGCGGCCUACCGGAGCCGUGCACACACCACGCCAAGUCCAUCUGCCACCUCGCUCUCGAUAUGUUGGAGAUUGCCGGACAAGUCGAAGUGGAAGAUCAACCAGUACAGAUUACUAUCGGGAUCCACACAGGAGAAGUGGUGACUGGGGUGAUCGGCCAGAGGAUGCCUAGAUUUUGCCUUUUUGGAAACACAGUCAACCUCACAAGUCGUACAGAGACUACUGGUGAAAAGGGGAAAAUAAAUGUCUCCGAAUACACGUACCGGUGUUUGCAGUCUGCCGAGAACGCUGACCCUCAGUUUAAUCUGGAGUAUCGGGGCCCCAUCACCAUGAAAGGGAAGAAGGAUCCGAUGAAGGUGUGGUUUCUGUCCAGGCAGCCCACCGACGCAGAGUCCACCACAGCUAGUUAAAGCUCAACGGUUCAGAUUCAGCACUAAAAGUGUCAUCUAACAGACGCUUCAGUAAGUGUCUUUAUAAAUUACACAAACUUUGAGGCGGGGAUGAGAUGGAUUAGGUGAAAUAUAAAGUGAUUAUCUAUCCACAGACAUGCAGAUAUUUUUAAUAUGAUGAACCUGUAACCGCCGCUCUCCCUGCGUGUUUCUGCUCGACCAUGAUCCGUCGUGACCUCGCUAUAUUUUUUAGACACAAUAGUGACGUGUUUCAUGAAUAGUAGAGGUUCAAGUUUGAUACAUUUUUGGACAAAAUAAUUCCCACAUUGUUAUUGUACAUAAAAUCACGAAAGGUUUUGAUAAGCAAAACAUUUACCAUCUUAAAUAUUUUUAGUUGGUAAUUUUGUUAUAUACUGUAUUUGUUAGAGAUAGAGUAAAGACUACCAGCCCAAAUAACUAAUGAGUGUAAUUAAUAAAUAUAUACUAUAGCUUGUUAUCAUGUUUGUGCCAAAACAUUACUGUCACUAUUUGAGGACCCAUUUUUUGUUCAUAGGUUGUGAUAAUUUUACACUGAAUAAGUUACACUGGUAUUAAAAUAAAUAUAUAUAUAUAUUAUAGCUGUUGUAUUUAUAUAGAUUUAUAUCACAUUCACCUGUUCUUUGGCUUAACAGCUACUGUGCUAACUAGAGUAGUAUAUUACAAUUCAAAGAUGUAUUUCAUGUUUAUUUCAUUAACUGAUAUAUGUUGAGCCUUUAGUAAACCUGUAUCAUCACGUAUCUGUCACCGAUAAUUCAAAAUAACUAUACACUAUUUUAUUUGAUAUAUUGAUUGCACCUCUUUUGUCACUUUUCAGCUCUACUAAACAUUAUUGAUAUAUUCUUAUUUAUUGUUAACAUCGUGUUAUUUUGUUUUUAUUCUUUUGUGUCAUAACAACUAGUAACUAAGUAAACUGUAUUAUAGGUAAAACUACCGUUUGUGCAUCUAUAAGUUCAACUAUGUGCUGUAUGUGUCUCACGAGUAAAAGUGCCACACUUUUUUCACCCUAUUUUUCCAAAGUCAUUCUUAUUAAACUUCACAUAAUGUCCUUUCAAGGAAUCCUCUCCAACCAUGCAGCUUCCUGUGUAAGAAACAAACAGGCGCCUCUUGUAUUGUACGAAUGCAUUUCUGUGCUUGUUAAGACAUGAUUGUUUUAUUUCAACAUUGUUUCUGUUGGGAGGUACCUAAUAAAAUAAUAUUGAGAAA